AGAGAGAGGAGCAACACCUGGAAGAAGUACUGCUGUGUCUGAGAACUGAGGAGGGGCGUCAGGAACGGAGGUUUACCUGCAGCCAUGCAAUGCUUAAGGACUACAGUUGCAAGGCUUCGGCCUUUAGCUGCCACACAGGCCGCCCAGAGCCUGGCACAGUGCCGGCCAUCAAUGCCUGAAGGAGGCGUAAGGACGCUUCAGCCUGUGAGGAGCCUGAAUGAGUCUGCGGCUGCUGAACCGUUUCUCAAUGGAACCAGUUCUAACUAUGUGGAGGAGAUGUACUACGCUUGGUUGGAGAAUCCCAAGAACGUCCAUAAGUCCUGGGAUGUCUUCUUCCGGAAUGCCAAUGCAGGAGUCCCGCCUGGUGCAGCCUACCAACGUCCCCCGGCGACCAUUCCGUCCUCUGAUGGGAUGACCGUUGUCCAGGGACUGGUUGGAGCUCAACCCAAUGUGGAGAAACUGGUGAAAGACCAUCUAGCAGUGCAGUCACUGAUUAGAGCCUAUCAGGUACGAGGCCACCACAUAGCCAAGCUGGACCCCCUCGGGAUCAGCUGUGUGGACUUUGAUGAUGCUCCGUGUACCGUUGGUUUUCAAAAUGUCGGUUUAUACGGACUAACAGAGAAUGACCUGGACAAGGUUUUCCGGCUUCCCACAACCACUUACAUCGGCGGCAGUGAGAGCUCUCUGUCACUCAGAGAGAUUAUUCGCCGCCUUGAGUUAUCGGUUUCUUUCAGAGGCCGGCUGAACGUGCUGGCCAAUGUCAUCCGGAAAGAACUGGAUCAAAUCUUCUGCCAGUUCGACUCUAAGCUGGAGGCUGCUGAUGAGGGCUCAGGAGAUGUGAAAUAUCAUUUAGGUAUGUAUCACCGGAGGAUGAACCGAGUCAGUGACCGGUUCAUCACCCUGUCGCUCAUGGCCAACCCAUCCCAUCUGGAGGCUGUGGACCCGGUGGUGCAGGGGAAGACCAAAGCUGAGCAGUUUUACUCUGGAGACACCGAUGGGAAGCGGGUGAUGUCUAUUCUGCUCCAUGGGGAUGCCGCAUUUGCAGGCCAGGGAAUUGUGUACGAGACGUUCCACCUAUCGGACCUGCCGUCCUACACCACCCAUGGGACCAUCCAUGUGGUGGUCAACAAUCAGAUUGGAUUCACCACAGAUCCCAGGAUGGCCCGCUCAUCCCCAUACCCUACAGAUGUGGCCCGAGUCGUAAACGCACCCAUCUUCCACGUCAACGCAGACGACCCAGAGGCUGUGAUGUUUGUGUGCAACGUAGCGGCAGAGUGGAGGAACACCUUCCACAAGGACGUCGUCGUAGAUCUGGUUUGUUACAGGCGCAACGGCCACAAUGAAAUGGACGAGCCAAUGUUCACCCAGCCACUCAUGUACAAGCAGAUAAAAAAGCAGAAAGGAGUGUUGCAGAAGUUUGCAGAAAAACUCAUUGCUGAAGGAGUUGUCACCAUACAACACUAUGAGGAGGAAAUAGCUCGAUAUGACAAAAUCUGUGAAGAGGCUUAUGCUCAGUCCAAAGAUGAGAAGAUCCUCCACAUCAAACACUGGCUGGACUCUCCUUGGCCAGGUUUUUUUACUCUGGAAGGUCAACCUAAAACCAUGCGCUGCCCUUCCACCGGCAUCAGCGAACAUGAGCUCUGUCACAUUGGAAACAUUGCCUCCUCUGUCCCGUUGGAAGAUUUCACGAUACAUGGAGGGUUGAGUCGUAUUCUAAAGGGACGUGCAAAUAUGGUGAGCCAACGUAUCUGUGAUUGGGCCCUCGGAGAAUACAUGGCCUUCGGCUCUCUGCUCAAAGAGGGCAUCCAUGUGCGUCUCAGCGGGCAAGAUGUAGAGAGGGGGACAUUCAGCCAUCGGCAUCACGUUCUCCAUGACCAGAACGUUGAUAGAAGGAUCUGCAUCCCCAUGAACUACAUCGCUGCAGAUCAGGCUCCUUACACUGUCUGCAACAGCUCUUUGUCUGAGUACGGAGUCCUGGGUUUUGAGCUAGGCUUUGCCAUGGCCAGUCCAAACGCUCUGGUUCUGUGGGAGGCCCAGUUUGGAGACUUUCACAAUACAGCUCAGUGUAUUAUCGACCAGUUUAUCAGCUCGGGACAGGCCAAGUGGGUCCGACAGAACGGCAUAGUGCUGCUUCUCCCUCAUGGCAUGGAGGGGAUGGGUCCAGAGCAUUCAUCAGCCCGUCCUGAAAGGUUCCUACAGAUGUGUAAUGACGACCCAGAUGUUAUUCCUAAUCUGUCUGGGGAUUUUGCGGUGCAUCAACUUUAUGACUGUAACUGGAUUGUGGCCAACUGUUCCACUCCUGCAAACUACUUCCACGUCCUCCGCAGACAGAUCCUUCUGCCCUUCAGGAAGCCUCUGAUUGUGUUUACUCCAAAGUCACUGUUGCGCCACCCAGAGGCCAAAUCGAGCUUUGAUGACAUGCUGCCUGGUACCCACUUCCAGCGUCUCAUCCCAGACGAGGGACCAGCAGCAGUCAGUCCACAGGAAGUAAAAAGGGUCAUUUUCUGCACGGGCAAAAUCUUCUAUGAGCUCAUCCGGGAACGCAAGACCAGAGGCAUGGAUGAUGCUGUUGCUAUUAUCCGUAUUGAACAGCUGUCCCCGUUCCCCUUUGACUUGGUGAAAGCAGAGACUGAUCGCUACAUGAAUGCUGAUCUGGUUUGGUGUCAGGAGGAGCAUAAGAACCAGGGUUACUAUGACUACGUCAAACCCCGCCUUCGUACUACACUGCGUCGUACCCGCCCCAUCUGGUACGCCGGCCGUGACCCGGCAGCAGCUCCGGCUACAGGGAACAAGCACACCCACCUCACCGAGCUUCAGCGUUUACUGGACACAGCCUUCGAUCUGGAGAAGUUCCCACGGAAACCGCAGCGUCCCGUCUAACACGGAUCUGACCUGCCUGCUCGACGUCAGGGUCCAUAAAACCGGCAUCUCUACCGUUUUAAACGGACAAGACAAAACUGUUGACUCUGUUUCCAUAAAGGCUCCUUGUUCAAAGUGAAGGACAAGACAAACAAUGCCUUUAACUUGCACUGAAUGUGAUCACUGUUCAAGACAAGUUGUAAUUUGUUUUCAUAGCUGAUCAAAAAGGGAAAUAUAUUCUUGAUUGUUGACUAAAAUAGUUGCUGGUGGAGAA